UCGCUCUUUGAGCUAAAGAUCGCAAAGUACAGUACAGCACUUCCUCUUUGCUACACCGUGAGUCGCCAUUUUGAAAGUCCUUACACCCAGUGACGUCACAAAGCACGUUUCCUACGUCCUCCGACGUACAGCGCCGCUGCUGAGUGCUAACUGCAGAGAAGACAAAGCGACGAAUUAAUUGACUCUUCAGUUCAAUUAAAUACUUCUUAAUUUAACUGUUUGAGUACCGAAUUACACUGUAGCGGCAUUCGGGAUAUCACGGUAUUCUGAAGAACUUAAACAUUUUGGACAAAUAGAAGAGAGCAAGAGAUAAUGGCCCAAUCCUAAUGUGGGCAGGACAAUACAAUGUCAAGCUUUAACAGAGAGUUCAAAGCAAGAUAAUGGGAUGCAUUUUCCUUUAGUUUGAACAAUCCUGAUUUGUUACCAAAAUCAGGACACAUGACUCUGAGUUACAGUAAAAGAUCUUGACCUUUUUUUUUAUACAAAAGGACAGUUUUUGAUUUCAAUUAAUAUUCCAUUUUUUUUGCAAUGAAUAGUGAAGAAAUUUUUUCCCUUAACAGUAAGGAUACUAACAUUGAAAUCACAAGAGACAAUGAAGAAUUGGAAAUUCCAGAAAAAGGUUUGCAUAUCAAACAGGAAGAAGACGAUGAAAACUAUGAGUAUAGUAAAUUGGGUGUGUCUACGUCUGUUUGUGGUAUAGCCAUGAAAGUAAAGCCAGUUUCAGCAGUACUGGCUAAAGAGACUUCAGUGAUUUCCUCAUCUGAGCAACUAAGAGGUGGAAUGACCUCUCAGUUGGUUUCUGAACAGACCAGGUUAGAAUUACACACAGACGCUUUGCAUUCCUCUGAAAGGAUAUGCAAGAAAGAGAAUUCUGUAAACUCCUCGCCAGACAUCGAACGAGAUGGCCUUCCUGUACAGGAUGAUGAGAAACCAGUUUUUCCACAUAAUAAGAGUUCUGUUGGGAAAAAAAUGUUGGCAGAAGCAUCAGAAGAUGUAAGCAAACACCUUUAUAUCAAGGAAGAUCCAGAAAAUGUUACCAAUGAUAGCAGUGAUGAACAGAAUCCAGCAUUUGUGUGUUCAUCUGGCCAUUAUGUUACUCCAGAGAAUGAAGAAUUUGGGAAUAUGCUGACAGGUUACACAAGUACGCUUUAUGAUGUAGCAAUGGAUGCAGUAACACAAAGUCUUUUAUCCUCAAUGAGAAGUACUGUUAGCCCAAGGAAAAAAUCUCCUGCUUGGAAUCAUUUUUUUAUAUCUCCACGAGAUAGUACCAAAGCAAUCUGUAUGUACUGUAUGAAAGAAUUUAGCCGGGGUAAAAAUGAGAAGGAUCUUAGCACAAGUUGCCUGAUGAGACAUGUGCGCAGGGCUCAUCCUACAGUCUUGCUACAGGAAAAUGAAUGCUCAUCAAGUGCUAUAUCUAAUUCCAUUGCCUCUUCUUUAUUACCUUCAGUGAAGAUAUCCAAUAAUGGUGAAUUAACCUCUGCUACUGCAUCUCAGAAAAGUACUUCCAUGUUAUCUUCACCUGUUCAUAAUAUGGAGGAGGCUGCAAAUAAGGAUCUGUAUUCUGUGACACCAAAAUUGGAUAAAUGUGCCAAAGAGGAGACUAACAUGGUGUCUUCCCCCCAUCCAGGUAACAACAAUAAUGAGGAUGUUUCAGAGACUGUGUCUGAUCGCAUGAUAGCAACUCCUAAAAAUUCCAACUCAAGGAGAAGAUCAGCCGUCUGGAAGCAUUUUUUUUUAUCUCCCAUAGACAGCUCCAAAGCUGUCUGUAUACACUGUACAAAUGAAUUCAGCCGUGGGAAAAAUGGAAAAGAUCUGGGAACAAGUUGUCUCAUAAGACACAUGUGGAGGGCUCACCGUGACAUUGUCACAGAAGAAAAUGGAAAUGGUUCAAGUAUCCCACCACCUUACACAACACCUCCUACCUUACUCUCCUCUUACCAGCUUCAGGAUGUUGGUGAUUCCAAAUUCAAAAAAGAUUCUUCAUGUAUACCAUAUACCUCCCCUGAAAGAGCAACAGAUGAGCCUCUGAAAAGCAUCAGUGAAAUUGAGAAUGUUAAGGAGGAUCUUGAUGACCUCUCUUUCCAGUUGUCCUGCAGUCAAGCAUCAGUUGACAUGACAGGAGCAGCACUGUCCUCUCCAGAAGGAACAAGUGAGAAAGACAUUUCUAUGACUUCAUCACCUGAUGAAAUGUCUGAAGGUCCAAGUAUCAAUGAGGACCAAAGUUCAGUUUUCCAACAAAAUAAAAAAAUAAUGAAGAGAGUAAAGUCAGAAGUUUGGCAUCAUUUUAUUGUUUCUCCUGUUGAUCGUCUUAAAGCUUUAUGUAGAUAUUGUCCUUGUGUUAUAAGCAGGGGAAAAAGAGGCGAUUUUGGCACAAGUUGUUUGAUGAGACACCUUAUGAGACGUCACCCUAAUGUUCUUAAGCACCAGAAGAGCUCGUAUGAAAGGGUGUCCUCAUCUCCUCGUUCACCUUAUGCUACGCUGGCUGCUGCAGAAGCUUUAUCUUCUAAAAUGACAGAGAAUUCCCGUUUGAUUGAGGAGGACAAAGCCCACAUACCUACUGUCAUUAGCAAAAAAACCUCAAAAUUAUGGAAUCAUUUUUCAAUUUGCCCAGCAGAUCCUACAAAAGUGGUCUGCUUGCAUUGUAGCCGCACAAUUAGCAGAGGCAAGAAAACUACAAACCUAGGUACAAGUUGCUUGUUCAGGCACAUGCAAAGAUUUCAUGGAAAUGUUCUUGAAAAUAGCAACAGUGUUCCUGGAGUUGUCUUAUCUGAUAUGCAAGACAAGGUUGAAGCUAUGGAAACAUCUACUUAUGAAGACAGCAAUGAAAGAUAUGAGUAUCUUCCAGUUGCCAAAAAAAUUACUAAACUUGUUGCUGAAAUGCUGGCAUUGGACCUACAGCCGUCUUCAGUUGUGGAAAAUAUAGGCUUUAACAGAUUGUUGGAAUUCCUUCAGCCACAGUACACUUUACCUUCAGCAAACUUCUUCUCAAGUACAGCUAUACCAGAAAUGUAUGAGAGAGUAAAAGAAGUGAUUGUUUCACAUCUGAAAGAAGCUGAAAGUGGCAUAGUCCAUUUCACGGCUGGAAUAUGGGUAAGCAACCAAACACGGGAGUACUUAACUCUCACUGCUCACUGGGUUACAUACGAAUCAUCUGUACGACCUCCUGGGCAAGACUUCCAUUGCUCUGCUCUGCUCAAUGUUUCCCAGAUAGACUGUGACUACAACAUUGCAAAUAUACAAAAACAGCUGGAGUACUUGUGGGAUACAUGGAUAAUUUCUACUGGUCUUAAAAUUGGUUUUACUGUAACUGAUAAUCAAAGCAUUGCAAAUAUUCUCGAUGAUAGUGAACAAGCAAGCGUGCAAUGUUUUGGUCACACGAUUGAUCUCAUCGUAAACGAAGCCAUAAAAAGUCAAAGAAUGGUUCAGAACUUGCUGAGUAUAGCACGGAAAAUUUGUGAGCGAGUGCACCGUUCAGCAAAAGCAAAACAGAAACUGGGAGAACUACAAAAAGCAUACAAUCUACCUGAAAAUCAGCUGGUGCAGGAUGUUCCGUCCAAGUGGAAUACUUCAUUAUAUAUGCUUGAACGUUUAGUUGAACAAAAAAAAGCCAUAGAUGAAAUGUCUAUUGAGUGCAGCUUUAGAGAAUUGAUCAGUUGUGAUCAGUGGGAGGUUAUGCAGUCUGUGUGCCAUGCUUUAAAGCCAUUUGAGGUGGCUUGUCAGGAGAUGAGUAACAGAACAGCUACCCUUGGGCAAGUUAUUCCCUUAAUUCACAUAUUAAAUCGGAAAAUAGAUAUGCUGUUUGAUGAAACCAUGGGUAUUGACAACAUGCUGAAGUCAUUGAAAGAUGCAAUGGUAAACCGAAUGUCCUCAAUGCUCCAUGACCCCCGAUUUAUAUGGGCCACUAUGCUAGAUCCACGCUAUAAAACGUCAUUGUUUACAGAGGAUGAAGCAGAGCAGUAUAAGCAAGACCUUGUACGAGAAAUAGAAGUAUUACAUACUACCUCAAAUGAAAGAAAAACUGUGGUUUCAAAUGGGUGUGGGGAGGUCACAGCCUCAAAUAACAGUGCUCUUAGUAGCAAAGAUAACCUCUGGGCACUCAUGGAUGAUAUCAGGAAUAAAAUUAAACAAGACGAAAGACCAAAGUCAUCAGAAUUAACUGUUUUAGAAUAUUUGGAAGAAGACAUUGUAGAUCAAAGCUGUGACCCUCUUGAUUACUGGAAUCUAAAGAAAUUCAUCUGGCCAGAUCUUGCCAAAGUAGCAGUUAGAUACGUUGGCUGCCCCCCUAGCAUAAUUCCAGCUGAAACGCUGUUUAGCACAGCUAGUAAAACUUGCAAUUUAAGCCAGUUCAGACCAAUGUUGGAAAACAUAGAAAUGCUUAUCUUUUUAAAGGUGAAUCUUCCUCUAAUAUAUUUUCAAUAUUGAAAAAAAAAUGCAGGAUAAUAUUUAAACUACUGAUUUAAAGACACUUGACAACUGGAGUUAGGUAAUGUAUGUUUAUAAUGGAGAAGGGACUUCUCAAGAAUGGAUGCGUGCUCAUUGCUGUAUAUUUUGUGUCAAUUUUAUAUUUUGGUAUUGUAAAAUAAAGAAAUUCUACUUGUGCCUUAUGCAAAAUUUAUUCUACAGGUCAGAGUGCUGUAUAUAUUUAAGAAAUGUGCUCAAGGUAGAGUUGAAGAAUAUAAGUGAUUAUGUACUGUAUUUGUUAGAUGCUACACAAGAAUCUUGAAGAAUAAACUUAUAUGCAGCCCUUAACGGAAAUGCUGUGACUAAAAGGUGUAAAAACUAUAAUAAUGUAAGCUUAUUUUAUUUGUUCAAUGUGGAAAUAUGUGGCUCAUGGUACUGUUGUUUAAAUUAGAUGAAUGGUUUCCUUUUUAAUACUGAAAAAUUUGUACUUAACAGUUGUAUAGCAGUACUGUAUAAACAGUAAAAUUGGUAUGUUCAGAUGAUCCUUUUAUGUCUAGAGCACAAAUUGUUUGUAUGAUGCUACAUUUUACUUCUGAGGGUUAAAUUAUGGGUCACUUUCUAGUGAAUAUAUAAUUGCAUAUAUAAAUCUCCAUUGCCAUCUAGAAUUUGAAAAUUAUGUGUAAACAUUCAGACUGAUUGUGGGAUAUUGUAAAUAAAACCUUUUUCUUCAAUGUGUACAGUGAAUUUGCACUUGGCUCUUGCAUUGAAUUAUCUAUGCUAAAUUUUCAUCAUUUUACUCUUAGUUUCUAUUUUUUCCUAGCAAUAGCCUAAUGAAUUUUGACAUUGUAACAAUCUUUAGCAAUACUAUUGUCCUCCUCCACUGAGAUGGCAAACUUCCUUGGAAAAAUGUAUUACCGUAAAUUAAGAAAUUAAAAGUUAAAAAUUGACACUUGUGCAUUGGUUUACUGAUGUAUAUUUUUGGUACAAAUGGUUGUCAGAAAGUGAUUUUAAACUAAUUUGGUCAGUGUAAUAUUUUCAGUUCUGUCUGUUGUACUGUAUAAUUUUCUUUAUGGAGCACUGCUUAACAACUUGGAAUGACUUGAACAGGAGUUCACUUUUGUAACAAGGUAAAUUAUUAAAUGCUUAUUACAAAAACAA